AUGAAUGUCAAAGGAUUAAUUCCGCGAAUAAUAAGAGGCUUGGAACCAGACUUCCUGUAUCCUUUGGAAAAUGUAACGAUCCCGCAAGGUCGAGACGCAACAUUCACUUGUGUAGUGAACAACCUAGGCGGAUACAGGGUGAGUCCUUCUUCCUACACCAGUGGAGAUCACAGUGGCGGCAAGACUACCCGGGUAGCUUGGAUAAAGGCAGACACAAAAGCAAUACUGGCAAUCCACGAACACGUUAUCACGAAUAAUGCCCGUCUAUCUGUCACCCACAAUGACUACAAUACUUGGACUCUUCAUAUAAAGAAUGCUAAGCAAGAGGAUCGUGGACUCUACAUGUGCCAAGUUAAUACUGAUCCUAUGAAAAGCCAGAGUGCUUUCCUGGAAGUAGUCAUUCCACCAGAUAUUAUAUCCGAAGAAACGUCCGGCGACAUGAUGGUUCCAGAGGGCAGCUCUGCAAAACUAACCUGCAAAGCACGAGGUUACCCAAAACCAGAAAUAGUUUGGAGGCGCGAGGAUCGCGGGGACAUUAUUGUCAGAGAUAUCAACGGCGGAACUAAAAUAAGACAAACUUCAGUCCAAGGCGAGAUACUGAUCUUAACAAAAAUAACAAGAAGCGAAAUGGGAACUUAUAUGUGUAUAGCAAGUAACGGAGUGCCUCCAUCGGUCAGUAAACAGAUGAUGUUGCAUGUCAACUUUCAUCCAAUGAUUCAAGUUCCGAACCAAUUAGUUGGCGCACCAGCAGGGACAAAUGUCACGCUGAUUUGUCAAGUGGAAGCUUCUCCAAAGGCCAUUAACUAUUGGACUCGUGAAACCGGUGAAAUGAUAAUAACCAAUCACAAGUAUACAAUGUCCGAGGAAAGGAUGUCUGACUAUAGUGUACAAAUGCGAUUAAUUAUACGUAAUUUACAGAAAACUGAUCUAGGUGGUUAUAAGUGUAUUUCAAAAAAUUCUAUUGGUGAAGCUGAAAGUAAUAUACGACUUUAUGAUAUGGAUUUAACCGAGCACUCGAGGAAAAACAACGAGGUGCCGAAUGAAGACGGUUCGAGCGAGUCACGCGAGCACCAUGGACACAGACUGAAUCGUAUUUAUCAAGGAUCCCUCAGGGAAAGUGGUUCAACAGGACAAACGCCCCUUGACACGGAGGGCACUUCCGCAGCCACAACUAUUAUCAAGAGUUUUCCUAAAUUAUCCAUUAUUUUAAUAAUUCACUAUACACUCAAUAUAAUUCACAACGUCAUUACGUAA